AUGUCCCGCUUGAUGCCGCAUUACUCCAAGGGCAAGACGGCCUUCCUGUGCGUAGAUCUCCAAGAGGCGUUUUGUAAGCGCAUCAAGAAUUUUCAGAAUUGCGUGUUCGUUGCCAACCGGCUGGCACGCCUGCAUGAGGUGGUGCCCGAGAACACCAAGUACAUUGUCACAGAGCAUUAUCCGAAGGGUCUCGGCCGCAUCGUGCCGGAGAUUACCUUGCCCAAAACCGCCCACGUGAUCGAGAAGACGCGCUUCUCGUGUAUCGUGCUACAAGUGGAGGAGCUUCUGAAAGACGUGGACAAUGUUGUCGUCUUCGGUAUUGAGGGGCAUGCCUGCAUCCUGCAAACAGUGGCUGACCUCCUGGACAUGAACAAGCGUGUGUUCCUUCCAAAAGACGGCCUGGGCAGUCAAAAGAAGACAGACUUUAAGGCCGCGAUGAAGUUAAUGAGCUCGUGGGGCCCCAACUGCGAGAUCAGCACCUCUGAGUCGAUUCUGCUUCAGAUGACAAAGGAUGCCAUGGACCCCAAGUUCAAAGCGAUUUCGAAGCUGCUGAAGGAGACACACCCGAUGCCGAUCUGA